GUGGCUGCGGCUGAACCCCUCGUAUCCCGCCGCAGCAAGUCUGCUCCCAGGAAACCUGUGCCCAUUCGCCUUCCCGACACCGCCGUCGCCGGCACCACCAUUGGCGGCCAUCGCCACAUCGCCAUCUCUAUUCCCGUCGAAUACUCUCCCUUUGGCCCCUUCGACCGCACCCAGUACCCC